GAAAUUUAAACUAACAGCUGAGACUAUCAUUGACAAGUUGUGUAACAGAGGCUAAAUUUAUUGUGAUCCUUGUAAUUAAUAUUUUGUGCCAUUUUAAAUUGAAUUUUUCACUAAUUUUGUUGAAUUUCUGUUGAUUCGUAUAUGUAUUAGGCCAUUCAACCUUAUGAUUCAUCAAAUCGUGUUGAUCUACUCCUUUUGAAAAACAAAUUGAUCAUCUGUUCAUCUGACAUUUCUUAUAGCGCAAUUAUUCUUGUUUUGCAAACCUUCUAGAUUUUAUCAUUCUACCGGUUCAAUCAAUUGCAAUAAAUAAUUCUAUUCUGUCUUUAGAGGAGAUGAUUUCCAAUGUGAACCAAAACACCUCUUUGUCAGUAUCUUCAGAUCAAAAAGGUACAGAAAUUGAUGCUGAAAUGACAACCGCAUCCAAUGAUAGCAACCAAUCUGAAAAUAUAGUCAACAAACAUAAAGAUAAAAGUCCAAUGUGCUUGGUUAAUGAGCUUUGUCGAUUCAAUUCAAUCACUUGUCGAUAUGAGCUGAUUGAAGAAUCUGGAGUUCCUCAUUCAAAGAUCUUUUCAGUUGUCCUGAAAUUGGGCGAUAAAGAAGAGUAUCGUGCUAAUGCUCCAUCAAUAAGAAAAGCUCAACAUGCUGCAGCCUCUUUAGCUCUAGUUUCAACCAAAUUCCCACUACCAUCGCCAAAAUCUGAACGCAAAGCUGCUAGAAGCAAUUCACAACUUACACCAACAGUGGAAUUAAAUGUUUUGGCCAUGAAACGCAGAGAACAUGUCCAAUAUCACGUUUAUGAGCAACCAGUUCGUCCAAAUCAUCUAUCAAAUUUAAUACCUUUUACAUCAUCUAUUACCAGUCAAUUACCUUCUUCUAAUGGUUCACACGAGCAUCAUGAUUAUCGAUCUCUUUAUCAUCAAAGAUGCCACCUAGUUAGAGGAAUGAUGACUCCAAUGUACAUUGCAACUGUUGUUGUUGGUGAACGUCAAUUCACUAGUAAAGGUAAAACAAUACAGAUUGCUCGUCACGCUGCUGCCGAAGAAGCCUUGAAAACUAUUCGCCAUCUUCCAAUGCCUACUGCUACUACCAUCAAUAUGGCCUCAUCGGUAUCAUCUACUGAGGUACUAUCUGACGAUGAUAGCAAAUCACCGGUUAGCAUGAUUUAUGAAGCUGCUAUGAAAAGAAAAUUAAUGGUACAAUUUGAAGUUAUAUCAGAAUCUGGACCUUCUCACAUGCCCUGUUUCAUUGUGAAGUGCAUAGUUGGUGCCUAUUCAGCGGAAGGUAGAGGUGUUCGUAAGAAAACAGCCAAACGCAGAGCAGCUGCUGCAGUUUUAGCUGAACUUGAGGAAAAAGAACCGAUUAUUGAAAACUCAUUCCAAUCACAAUCAACUGCAGGCUGUGAGUUGGACUCUGAAUCAACUCUAUCAGUAUCGCCAUCCUCGUCAUCGAAAAAUGGAUCAAUGAAUCGACUAAAAAAGAGGAAACCCAAUAGCAAAACUAAAAAGAAAAGAAAAGAUGGUGAAAAGUUAAACAAUUGUAUCGAAAAUUUAACAUUGAAACUAGAAAAUACAUCUUUGGUAUCUGAAAAUGAUUCCAGCAGUUGCUAUCAAACCGAAAGCGAAACUUUAAAGUCAAACACCAGCAGUUUGAAAAAUUCCACUCUUGACUCUCAAGAGGCAGCAAAAUUUGAUGAUAAACCUUUAAAAGCCUCAUUUUCGUUGAAUUCUAUCAGUCGACUAAUCCAAUUGCAAUUAGCCAAAAGAGAAGGUGAACCUAGGUUUAAAUUUAUCUCAGAAAUAGAUGUCGAAAAUAGGAGAAAAGAAUUCACGAUCCAAUGUUCUGUGAAUGUCCCAAAAAAUUUUAGAUCAGCUAAUGCACCAAUAGUGAAUAAUGAGUUAAUAACCCUUGGAGUUGGAUCAAAUAAGAAGAUAGCAAAAAGAGCGGCCGCAGAAGAAAUGCUUCGAGUUUUGGGUUAUUCGUCUUUACCACCAACUUCAUCAUCGCCUUCACACUUCUCUAAUUCAUUGUCACCUGUUUUGAAAAUGAACUCUGUUAGUCAACAAGUAGAGUCAGUCCAAAACUGUCAUUCAAUCCAUUCCAAUCUGUUACAAUGUGCUAAUACCAAUUCUGCUUUGGAUUCAGUAGAUGCUUCAUCAUUCAAAAAUUUAAUUGACAAUGGUAAAGAGAGAAGAGUUAAAUUCCUGGAAGAAUCGCAAUUAGCUGAGACUGAAAAUAUUUCUAAAAGAUUAGAAGAUCAGACAGAAAAUGCACAAAAUUCACCAAAAUACGGACGACAGAUUGCUCCUGGACUUUUAUUUGUUAUGAGUAUGAAUCAAACUGGUUAUCCUAUUUUAAUGGAUAAUAAUUCUGUAGAUAAAUUAUAGACAAUAUUAAAUACUUUAAUUCAAUAAAUAAUUUAAUUAACGUAAAUAUUAA